UUUGCAUCAGCAUAUCAUUAUCAAUCAAGUGGGAAAAUAAACAAGGCCGUCGAGAGCUGCCUCUUUCUCCUACAACCAUUGACUGGAAUUAACUCUUAUAUUUCCAUCGGGGAUUUCAUUCACGCUUCUCCAAAGAGGAUCCUUCUGCUGAGGAUUACUUUAUACUGUAAAACUUUUUUUUCACCCCUCUCUGUCAAAAGCUCGUGCCUCGCAUGGAAAAAUAGGGGGGCAGAGGACAGACUCACCAAAGGAAAAGUUUUCAUCUUCCCUCCUGCGCGUCAAGACUUCACCUUGACUGUGACAUAAAGGAAAGCUUUUUUUUUAAAAAAAAAAAAAACUUUCUCCAUGAUUGUUUGAGCCGGGCGACCUGUGGAGCUUUCACUGCUUGUUGAAGGGCUGUCAACACAAUGGGACGCCUGUGUCUGCUCCUGGUUGUCACUCUCUGCCUACUCACCUGCCAGGUUUUGUGCUCCGGAGUGUUUGAGCUGAAGCUGCAGGAGUUUCUCAACAAGAAGGGGAUACAGGGCAACUCCAACUGCUGCCCCGGAGGCUCUGCUCAUCCCCAGGGCCAACACCAGCAGUGCGAGUGCAAGACUUUCUUUCGGGUUUGUCUGAAGCACUACCAAGCCAACGUCUCCCCGGAGCCUCCCUGCACCUACGGCGGUGCUGUGACUCCUGUCCUCGGCUCCAACUCCUUCCAGGUGCCGGAGACCAACGCGGACAGCUUCACCAACCCAAUCCGCUUCCCCUUCGGCUUCACAUGGCCGGGGACGUUUUCACUGAUCAUUGAAGCCCUGCACACUGACUCCCUGGACGACCUGACAACAGACAACCCGGAGCGUCUGAUCAGCAGGAUCACCACCCAGCGUCACCUCACCGUGGGAGAAGAGUGGUUCAAGGAUAUGCAGACAGCCGGGAGAACUGAGCUGCGAUACUCCUACCGCUUCCUGUGUGAUGAGCACUACUACGGUGAUGGCUGCUCCGUCUUCUGCCGGCCCAGGGAUGAUGCUUUCGGCCACUUUACCUGCGGCGAGCGUGGGGAGAUCAUCUGCAACUCUGGCUGGAAGGGACAAUACUGCACUGAACCAAUCUGUCUUCCUGGCUGUGAUGAAGAACAUGGCUUCUGUGAUAAACCUGGAGAGUGCAAGUGUCGCGUUGGCUUCAGUGGGCGUUACUGUGAUGACUGUAUCCGUUACCCAGGCUGCCUCCAUGGCACCUGCCAACAGCCCUGGCAAUGUAACUGCCAGGAGGGAUGGGGUGGGCUCUUCUGCAACCAGGAUCUGAACUACUGUACACACCAUAAGCCCUGUCUCAAUGGAGCCACCUGUACCAAUACUGGCCAGGGCAGCUACACUUGCUCCUGUCUGCCUGGAUACACAGGUGCCAGCUGUGAGAUCCAGGUCAACGAAUGUUCUGGAAACCCUUGUCGGAACGGAGGCAGCUGCGCUGACAAUGAUAACGGCUAUGUCUGCACCUGCCCACCUGGUUUCUAUGGCAACAACUGUGAGUUGAGUGCCAAUACCUGCGCAGAUGGGCCUUGCUUCAAUGAUGGGCGCUGCGCUGACAACCCUGAAGGUGGUUACUUCUGUCAGUGCCCGAUGGGAUACGCAGGAUUCAACUGCGAGAAGAAAAUUGACCACUGCUCCUCCAACCCCUGUUUAAACGGUGCAGAAUGUGUGGAUCUGGUGAACUCCUACCUCUGUCAGUGUCCUGAGGGAUUCUCAGGUCCUAACUGUGAGGACAGCAGCAGUAUCUCUGGACACUGUCUGUCCUUCCCUUGUCAGAAUGGUGGGACCUGUCAGGAGGGAGUGAACGGCUACACCUGUACCUGCCCUCCAGGAUAUACUGGCGACAACUGCAGCUCCCCCGUCUCCCGCUGCCAUCACAACCCCUGCCACAAUGGAGCCACCUGCCAUGAGCGUGGCAGUCGCUAUGUGUGUGCCUGUGUACCAGGCUACGGUGGUCACAACUGCCAGUUCCUUUUACCAGAGGUUCCCAGGGGUCAGCCAGUGGUGGAUGGGCCAGAUCGACGAUAUUCUUCCCCAGACAGUGAAACUUUUGAAGAGGAGGAGGAUGACGACAGUGGAUUCCCCUGGACAGCCGUGUGUGCCGGUGUCUUCCUAGUUCUUGUGAUCCUGAUCGGCUGCUCAGUGCUGGUGGUCUACAUUCGGGUCAAACUGCAGGAGAGGCACAGUCACCAUGGCGACAGUAUCCACAGCGACAGCCACGAGACCAUGAACAACCUGACAACCACCAACAAUUGUCUCCGCAGUGACAAGGAACUGGGCGCUAUGAUGACAACGUCAAUUAAAAACACCAACAAGAAGGCGGAUUACCAUUCGGACCUUGCUGGGUCACUGGGUGGUCUGAGUGGAAUCAGCGGGCUCAACGGAUCAGAGAAGAACGGCUUUAAGACUCGCUACCCCAGUGUGGAGUACAACCUGGUCCAUGAGCUGCGGCCUGAGGAGUUGUCGCUUUGUAAAGAAGAGGAGCAUGAAGAGCCAGAAGUUAAAUGUGAAAUGCCGGAGGAGUCUGACUCAGAGGAAAGAUACAGGAAGAGACAAAACAGUGACGCAUCAGAAAUGAAACAAGUAGAGGAGUCACCAAGCUGCAGCGAGGCAAAAUAUCAGUCGUCCAGCGAGUUGAACUAUCAAGCAGCAAGUGAUCUCAAAUACCAGUCGACCAGUGAUGUCAAAUACCAGUCAUUGAGCGAUGUCAAAUACCAGUCAACCAGUGACAUCAAAUACCAGUCAACCAGUGAUGUUGAAUACCACAGUCCCAGUGACAGCAGGUACCAGUGUACCAACGACACCAAAUACCAGUCCGUCUACGUCAUGUCGGACCAAAAAGAUGAAUGUAUCAUCGCCACAGAGGUAUGAUACCAGUCCAGACCAGAUCAGACCAGUUUCCUGUGGUUGAUGGCGGUCCACACACACCAGCCCUGAGCAGUAGAGCUCAGCUUGUCUCCAGGAGGUUUUACUCCUGCUGUUUGCUGCUGUUCCCUGGGAUUUACCGGAGGACUUUGAGCCAAGGUGCUACUGAGCUAGCAUGGAGUCAGUACGGACUUGGCAGAACUAAGUACUACAGUAGUACUACGGGUGAAUACUGGACAUAUGUGACCUGCGAUGGAUGUUAGGUCUAAUGCUGACUCAGUACUAUGGAUGAAGUACCAGAAGACCAGCACUAGUACAAACUUUGUGCAGAAACAGUGCUGAACAAGUACUCCUGCAGCAGUGGAAGAUCUACUGCAUGUACCAGGAUGAACUAUGGAGUAUUGACUUGGAUGUUGACCGAUGAUAUUGUAGUACCAUGGAGUACUGGUUGAAUGAACAUUGUAGUACCUUUGGAGUACUGAGAACUUCUGAAGUACUGUUGUAGUACUGUUAUGUGCUGUGGUUUUACAAUGCAGUGUACAAGCUGUCAUGGAUAUUGGACAGCUUAUGUUCUGUGCAGUGCUGCAGAGUAAAGGAUAAAGUAAGAGCAGUAGUCCCUGUAUUUUAUUAGUACUGCAGCUGCUUCUGUUUUUAUUUAUUGUCAAGAAUUGAUUCAAAUCUUAAUUGGAGCUCCUCCUGUCAAAACAUUACAAAAUUAAAAACAGUGGGACUUGCGCAGCAGCUGUAAGUCUUUAACUCUGCAGCACUGACAGAGACAGUGUUAGCUGAGCUGGUUCUCAGCAGAAAAUAGAGAACUGAAGACUCCAGUAGUGACUGCAGAUCGAUCCAACAUGGAUCCUGUUGGGCCAUACUGGCCCCCUGACCCCUGAAGGUUGUGAUACAAAGGGCAAUGUUUUGGGCAGGGCAACUUCGGAAACACAGCAAUCAGCAUAAGAGAACGAACAAGGUUAGAAACAGUCAAACAAAUCAGACACAAGAGAAGGGAAGUGUAAUUACCCAGUUGUGUUUUUUCUCCUGGCAGCUCCUUCGACCACAAGUUAUUGACAGAAUUACCCUAAAAAUAGUACAAAAUUCUCUAAUGAUGCUGUUGUGUUUCCAAGUACGCCGAGCUAUAAAGGACUAGUCUUAACUGCCAAGACCUCAUUGCACUAUGGAGGUGUGCGUGUAUGUGUGUGUGUGUUUGUAUGAGUGUGUACAGAAGAGGUGAUGAUACCUGUGUGUGGUGUCAAAUGUAUGCACUGCCCACUCCCGCUCCCUUCACUCCCAGUCUUCCACUAUUAGCCAACUGAAGGACACCAUCACCCUGCCUGCCAAUGGUUAGGAUCAUUUCUUUUUUAUUUUAUUUGUUAUCUAAAGAAAGAUGUAUUCUUUUAAUUUAAUUAUGUAAUUAUUUGUGUUCCAUCUCGUUGUGAUUUUUGUUCUGUUAAACCUGUUAUAAUUUAAGUUGGAUUGUUUUUAUUUGGCAGAUAAUGUAUGUAUGUAAGUAUGCAUGUAUGCAUGUAUGUGUUAGGCACUUGAGACCCCUGUGACUGUGUUGUAUUUAAGAGAAAAGUCGUAUGUACAGAGCCUGUCAUUUUUAUUACUGGAAA